AUGAUGGCAUAUAAAAAGUUAUGUUUUUUAGCUAUUUUAGCAUUAUCCUUAAAAGCUGUGUCAGCUAAUGAUUUUUCAAAUAAUGACGAUAAUAUUGAUGAUGAAAAUGUAUCUGAUGUUAUAAAUAUAUUUAAAAAUAAAAAUCAUGAUUUAUAUAACAAUCCUAAUUAUAUUAGCGAUAUUAAAAAAAAAUUCCAAUUAUUAAAAAAUCAAAUUGAUCAAAUGAACAAAUAUGAAAAAGGAAUGUCAUCAGGAGAUAUUGCAAAUAUCCUUGACGAGGAUUCUGAUGAUGAUUCAAAUAAUGACGAAAUUGUUUUUGGCAUGAGUGAGGAAGAUUUAGAUAAUUAUGAUGAUGACUUUUGGGGUCAAAAUGCAAAAAAAAUAACUCCAGUUCAAAAGGGCCCCGAUGCAAAUGGUGCAACCCUUGUCGAGGGAAAUGACGAACCACAAGUAGGUGGCGGAGAUCAAGGAGGUAAAGUAAAUCAAGGAGCCCAAGUAAUUAAUGCAGUCCAAGGAGGUGACGGAUUAGUACAAGGAAGUAGUGGAGACCAAGUGAGUGAAGAUCCCGAACCCAAUUUAGAAAAAACCGCCUUCUUAGGCGCCAUUUUUGAUGAAAUUCUUAAAGAGCAACAUCACGAUGAUGACGUACAUAGUACCGAAUACCAUAGCAAAUAUAAUUCUCUAAAAAAUGAAUGUGAUUUUCCUAUGAAUCUUGAGGAGUACAAUAUUGCAAAAAAACUUAUUUCAAGUUAUUUUCAAAGUGGAUCCACUGAAAACCCAAUUUACUUAUAUGAUAUACUUCUAAAAUCAUUAAAGGAUGAAGAAUAUAAAAAACAUUUUAAAAAUUUCAUUUAUGGUAUCUAUAGUUUUGCUAAAAAAUAUAACUAUUUAAGUGCAACCAGAUUAGCAGAAGCAAAUAGCCAAUUCAUACCCAACGUAUUAAAGGCCUUAGCUACAGUUGAUCUUAAAUAA